AGAGAUAUUCAAGAGCCGAGAAACAGCUUUGUCUUGAAUAAAAUUUAAAUAAAAUGAAAAUAAAAUAGGAAAGAAAAUAUUGAAUAUAAAUUAUAAGACAGCAGAUCUACAGAGAAUAAAUAAAAAUCAAGCACAUCGUGCUCAAAUGCAUCACACAAAUCCAAGCAGCAGCAGAAACAACAAACUUUAAAUGUGCUUUGAAAGUAACUUAAGUAAGAAUGGCUAAAGUGUUAAAUCUGUUAAAAACGAUACGAAAUAAUUGGAAGAAAUCUGUGUUGGGAGCUGCAGCAUUUUCAUACGGAAUUUCAUAUGGCAAACAGGUUUACGAUACGGAACAAUUAAUGCGUCAGAGUUGCGAAAACGUAGCCAAGUAUGGAGAUUGCCCGACGAACAUCAAGCCUCGCCAUGUAACAGUCGUUUUGAAUCCAUCAGCCAAGAAGAGGAAAGCCAGAAAGUUAUUUGAAAAAUACUGCGAGCCUCUGUUGCACUUGGCUGGUAUCUCGGUAACUGUUAUCGACACGCAAUCGGGAAGCCACGCACGUGGCAUAAUAACAAAUUUGGAAACACCUACCGAUGCUAUCAUCGUAGCGGGAGGAGAUGGCACCUUGUCGGACGUGGUGACUGGCCUAAUGAGGAAAUACGAGAGCAAUCUUCAUUCCGUCAAGCAGUGUCCCAUUGGUGUCUUGCCAUUGGGGAGCACGAGCACAAUCGCAAGUGUAUUUUACAGAGAAUACGAGGACCUGGCUGACGUGCAUCACAUGAUCGACGCGACGAUGGCAGUUAUACAGAACAAUUUGACAUCGAUAGAUGCCGUUGAAAUUAAAUUACUGGAGAAUGAUCCAGAAAAUCCGGUGAAGCCGAUCUACGCCGUGGAUGGCAUAAAAUGGGGAGCUUGGACCGACACCCACGCGCGAAUCGAUAAAUAUUGGUACUGGGGCUUUUUACGCAAAUAUGCAGCUUACGUGUUCAGCGGUUACAAAUCGGAUUUAAAUUGGAGGUGUAACGCGGUACUAAAGUAUACGAAUCCUUGUGAAGGAUGUUCACGUUGCUAUUCUAAAGAAUCUUACAACGAAUCCGUAAACAUGAAUAGGAGAUGGUGGCAUGCGUUUCUACCGAGGAAGCAGACAUUUGUUCCUGAUAAUCGCGUAGAUUACAGUAAAGUGACGAACGAAGACUGUGACACAUUCUAUGAGAUGCCUAUUUCAACGACAGAGCUAUGCAUAAGGACAGAAAAUACGAAGAAUUUACCAGUUCAAUCGGCGCCGUCAUUAAAGAUAGCACUAGGUCCGGACAAUAUUAACUAUGCCGCAUUUGUCGAGAAAGGAUGGAAACAGGAAAUGAACAAUGAAUCACCCGUAAAUUCGAUAUUGGAUGCAAAGGAUAUUCAAUUAUAUCCUGAAAUAACAAAUGAAAAUCAAAUGUUUUACAUCGACUAUGAGGAGUACGAGUUGAAGCCAGUUGAAAUUCGACUGCUCCCACAAUCCGUUACGAUAUUCUGUCCGGAAUCGAACAGCUAACGUACGCCGGACAGUACUCUAAUGGAAAUUCAAAGUAUCUCACGUGGCAUUUUGUAUUUAUCAUGAUGAAGGUUUUAUCAAAAUGACAAAAUACAGAAGAAAGCAUUGUUGAUCCAAA